AUGAUCUACAAACUACAAUCCACAUUCACAGUCGUCCUAUUACUGCUGCUAAGCCUGGUAACAGCCCAGCAGCAAGCUGACAAAACUCCAAACUUUUCAGAAGAAAAUGAGGAACUCAUCAGAGCCAGUAUUUCACAACUCAACAAAAUUAUGAAAAAAUCAUCAAUAGACUCAUGCGAGAAGUGUGUUUCGGCCUUAGAGCUGGGCCAUGAGCUUGCUAAAAAGGCUGAUGCCGGUGUCGUGACUGAAAUCAUGACUCGAUUCUGCCGUAAACAUAAAAAAUCUAAACAUGCAAAGGCAAGAUGUGACUACAAAUUUGGUCUUUCAACUGUCAACGGAAGUGCCUUUGGCGACGACAUUACAAAUGUCCUCACUCUCAUCAAACCACGCUCGUUAGACGGAAAGUACAUUUGCAACCAUUUCCUCAAGGGAGCUUGUCCCAUGCCAGAAACACCGAACUUUGACCUGUCUUCAUGGUGGCCAAAGAAGCCUAAGAAUGCCCGUCAACCUGAUGCCUCCGGUGAAACCUUCAACGUCGUCCACAUCUCUGACUUUCAUGUCGAUCUCGACUACGAAACUGGCACUGAAUCUAACUGCACUCAGUCCAUGUGCUGCAAUGAAUGGAAAUAUAAUGAGGCUUCGCAUAAUAUUGUUCUUCAGCCGGCUCAAGCAUACGGUUCUUAUCAGUGUGACGCCCCCAACUCACUUUUACAAAGCUCUCUCGAAAACGUGGCUGAAAUUAAUAAAGACAAAAACUUUGAGUUUGCCAUCUUUACUGGUGAUAUGGUCGACCAUGAUGAUACUCAGUAUCUCACCCUGGAAAAUGCCAUUGCUACCGAAAAGCUUGUUUACAGCUCUAUGAAAAAACACAUGAAUAUCCCCGUGUAUGUAACCCUUGGUAAUCACGAUACAUACCCUUAUGCACAAAUUGCUCAGGAAAAAUCUGGCUUUGUUAACCGUUUUUCCUGGAACACCGACUUGGCCUAUGAAAUGUGGACUGACAGUAACUGGAUGACCGAGGAAGAAGCUGCCAACGUAAAGGACCACUAUACAGCCUUUGCAGUGACCACCAAGCGCGGCUUGCGCGUCAUUUCUCUUAAUGCCAACCUUUGGUUUAAAGAAAAUUACUACAACUACUGGGGCACGGAUACUGACCCGGAUCCAUCCGGCCUCUUCCGCUUCCUCAGUGACCAACUUCUUGACUGUGAAAAGAAUGGUCAGCGUGCUUGGGUCAUGGCCCAUGUUCCGAUGGGAGGAGAAACCUCAGAGGCACACCCGCCUGCCACCCAAGUCUUUAACCAAAUCAUGGAGCGCUUUUCUCCUCAUGUUGUUGCUGGUAUCUUUUUCGGUCAUACCCAUCGUGAUGAGUUCACAGUCAUGUACGCAAAGAACGCCACCGAAAAAACUGAGGAAAAUGCCCUUAACGUUGCCUUCCUUGAUGAGUCCGUCACUCCUUACAAGUUCCUCAACCCUGGGUGGCGCUACUACGAAAUUGAUGCAAAGACAUUCCAAGUUAUUAACAUCCAUCAUUACUACACUCGUCUCAAUGACUCCUUCACUGAAGUCCCCAGCGCCAAUGACACUGAGGCUAUCAAGCUUAAGUGGGAGUACGAGUACUCCUCACGUGAUGCCUAUGACCCUGAAGGCUUAUGGCCCAAGGAGGCUCCUCUCAACGCCACUUUCUGGCACCAUGUUGUCAAUAAGAUUCGCGAUUCAGCUUACUAUCGUAAGCUCUAUCUUGAAUACUCUUACCGCCGUUCUCCGUAUGUGCCAGAGUGCACCCACUGGAACUGUGUUAAAAAACUCUACUGCUACAUUACCAGUUCUACCGUUCCUCAAGUCCAGACUUGCAUGAUGGAAGAACAAUACACUCCCAAUGGUGAUAUCAGUAUUUUAGGAGCUUUACUUUGGGUUAUUUCCUUUGUUAUCAUUUUUGGCGUUCUUGGUUUAGGAUUGUAUUACUGGUUUGCACACCAUGAAUUCCCCUAUGUCAAGAAGGUCCCUCAUUCAAAUCGCAGAGAUUACAUCUCUCUUAAUUAG